AUGACAGGUCAUCGAAGAAAAGGCCAAAUAAAGAGGUCAAUUGCCCGUCGAACGAGGCGCCAGAGAAGGAGACUCUUUCUUGUGGCUCUGUUGUGCCUCGCAGUAUCGCCGUCUCUGAUUGCCCUGAAUCUUACGGCUCGCCAAAAGAAUGAUUCAUCCGCAACAAGAGCUUCCACUCCAGGGUCCAACUAUGAUGGAACUAGGGAAAGCUCGAUUCAUGGCUCAUCAAUUUCUCUUUCGUCAACAAAUAAUGACACGUGGGUCGGAACCGUAGGACACAAUGGGAUGAAUUGCAAAAACGAGUCAAACGGCCCCUGUUGUGCUCAAUGGACAUUUGACACAGACGAAUGGUGGACAUGGCACCCACAAUAUCGUAUUGGGCUACAAAACAAAACGCACACCUGCUUCGAAAAAAUUCAAGAUGUGGAGCACAUUGAAUUCUUGGAAAAAGUGCAGAAUCUCCAGUGGCUCCGUAACGAUGAAGAUUCUUGCUUACGUGGAGUCCAGAAGCCGCAAAUUUCGAGUGGGUAUGCAGCAGCCCUCAUGAGCAUAUCCCGAAGCUUCUAUUCUGCUUAUAGGCAGGGGAAGUCUUUUCAAAUGACGCGUCAUCAUGCUGCUGCUAGAUGGAACUUUGCCGUCCAAAACCAAUCACAUUGGGCCUACUGCGAAAGUCUCGAUAUGAAUUGCUUUUUUAUUCCGAUUGGAAAAUGUCCUGCAGCAAUUGGUCGAAGUGAUGCAGACAUAGGUGCCAAACCCACGCAUGAGCGACAAAAGAAAGAGUUUUUGUGGUUGCGACAAUAUGCCUUUCGACCUCGUCACGUGUUACGCCACAAUCUAGAGGAAUACCUAGAUGAAGCUUUGGUAGGUACCUCCGAAAUCGAACCAUGCUCCGCUAUCCAUGUACGACGUGGCGAUAUUGCAUACGGUAAGGGCCGGAGAUAUGCAGCCGUAGAUGAAUAUUUACAAGUCGGAAAUAUCUCAAAGGGCGAAACAGUUGUUCUCUUAACUGACGAUGUUUCGGCGGUUAACGAAGUAGAAGAAUUCCUCAAAGACGACUACAAUUGGGUCUUUCUACGGAGACCACGGAACAGGGGCCCUGAAGGGGGCUUUGAAGGAUUUAUUCCUUCACAAGAUCCAUCCUUUGAAGUGCUAGCCAUUAUGGCCGAAGCGCAACUCGCAGGAAGAUGUCAUAAACUUGUACACGGGAAAUCGGGAUUCGUCGCUGUCAUCGAGGAUCAACUGAUCGCAUCGGGCAACGCAUACGAAAGGAUACAUCUUCCAGUACAGCUAGACAAAAGAACACAGCCAAAAUUAAAACCGGGGGAGAGAGCUGAGAAAUAUAUGAAAGCAAUUCGUGAACAUUAUCGGACUGUGAACAAGAAAAUGAUAGCAUUUCCAUAG